GGCCCCGAUGGACUGAAUGAAGGCUGCCUACACCGCCUAUCGAUGCCUCACCAAAGACCUAGAAGGCUGCGCCAUGAACCCGGAGCUGACAAUGGAAAGUCUGGGCACUUUGCACGGGCCGGUCGGCGGCGGCAGCGGCGGGGGCGGCGGCGGGGGCGGAGGGGGCGGGGGCGGGGGCCCGGGCCAUGAACAGGAGCUGCUGGCCAGCCCCAGCCCCCACCACGCGGGCCGCGGUGCUGCUGCUGGCUCGCUGCGCGGCCCGCCGCCGCCAAGCGCGCAUCAAGAGCUGGGCACCGCAGCGGCGGCGGCAGCCGCGGCAUCGCGCUCGGCCAUGGUCACCAGUAUGGCCUCGAUCCUGGACGGCAGCGACUACCGGCCAGAGCUCUCCAUCCCGCUCCACCACGCCAUGAGUAUGUCCUGCGACUCGUCCCCGCCAGGCAUGGGCAUGAGCAACACCUACACUACGCUGACGCCUCUCCAGCCGCUGCCACCCAUCUCGACGGUCUCAGACAAGUUCCACCACCCGCACCCUCACCACCACCCUCACCACCACCAUCACCACCACCAUCACCAUCAGCGUCUGUCCGGCAACGUCAGCGGCAGCUUCACUCUCAUGCGGGACGAGCGCGGGCUUCCGUCCAUGAACAACCUUUAUAGCCCUUACAAGGAGAUGCCUAGUAUGAGCCAGAGCCUGUCUCCGUUGGCUGCCACGCCGCUGGGCAACGGGCUGGGUGGCCUUCACAAUGCUCAGCAGAGCCUGCCCAACUAUGGUCCGCCGGGCCAUGACAAAAUGCUCAGCCCCAAUUUCGACGCGCACCACACUGCCAUGCUUACCCGCGGUGAGCAACACCUGUCCCGAGGCCUGGGCACCCCGCCUGCGGCCAUGAUGUCUCACCUCAACGGCUUGCACCACCCUGGCCACACUCAGUCCCAUGGGCCAGUGCUGGCUCCUAGUCGCGAGCGGCCCCCUUCAUCCUCCUCGGGUUCUCAGGUGGCCACGUCGGGACAGCUGGAAGAGAUCAACACCAAAGAGGUGGCCCAGCGGAUCACCGCCGAGCUGAAGCGCUACAGCAUCCCACAGGCGAUCUUCGCACAGAGGGUUCUAUGCCGGUCUCAGGGGACUCUCUCCGACCUGCUCCGGAAUCCCAAACCCUGGAGUAAACUCAAAUCUGGCAGGGAGACCUUUCGCAGGAUGUGGAAGUGGCUGCAGGAACCGGAGUUCCAGCGGAUGUCUGCCUUACGGCUGGCAGCAUGCAAACGCAAAGAGCAAGAACCAAACAAAGACAGGAACAACUCCCAGAAGAAAUCCCGCCUGGUGUUCACAGACCUCCAACGCCGAACGCUCUUCGCCAUCUUUAAGGAGAACAAGCGUCCUUCCAAGGAGAUGCAGAUCACCAUUUCCCAGCAACUUGGCCUGGAGCUGACCACUGUCAGUAACUUCUUCAUGAAUGCCCGGCGCCGCAGCCUGGAAAAAUGGCAAGAUGACCUAGGCACAGGGGGCUCUUCAUCCACCUCCAGCACUUGUACCAAAGCAUAAUGCAAGGACUCUCACCUGGGCACAAGUCAUCUUCAAAUGAGGACAACACAUACCAAAAAAAAUCAAAACAAAACAAAAAAGCAAAAUCA